GAAGAGGCGGGGCCGCCGUUCCCUGAGACCGGAAGUGACGCGCGGCUGGGCGGCCAUGGCGGCGCGGGAGCCGCUGCGGGAGCUGGUGGCCGCGCUGCGCGCUGUGCUGGCGCGGGUCCGAGAGGGCGAACCGGGCGAGGGCCGCGAGCCGUUCGAGCCGACGCGCUUCUGGGACGCGCUAGGUCAAGCAUUCAAAAUAACAUCACAGGAAGCUACAAAGCUGAGCCUGGCAUUCUCAAGGCCUCCAGUGGCUUCUGCAGAGGAUUGCCAGAAGCUGAGUGAAGAUGUCCAAAACGCUAUUCUUGCAGUUGCCACCGUGUACUACUGGCUCCCUAAGGGCCAAGGUACUACUCUUCGGAAAAUGGUACGAGAUGCUACCACUGAAGUAGUGGAAGGAAUGAUCCAACUCACAGAAACAAUUCUCAGUGCUCCAUUGGAGAGUUUGUGUCAGGAACAGCUUAUAUCAACUGGUGGAGUGUGGGAGGCGUGUGAGCAAGUGUCCAACCUGCCACGAGAUAACCAGGCAGCAGUUACAUCAGCUCUGGCUGCAUGUCUAGGUGUGGUCAAGGAUGCUCUGGAGGAGAUGGAAAAUGCUGUUGUGGAAGGGCAAGACCCCUACAGCGACAUCAUGGAAGAUGAAGAGCUUGGCUUUCGGGGCAACAGAGAUACGUAUUGGUCAGAAGCUGACCGGAAGUUGCUUAGCUCCUGCUUGGGAUUAAUGAAGGCUUCUAAAGCCUGCCUGAAGAAGGUCCUGGGUGUUGUGAAGGCUUACGGCAAAGCUGAUUCUCCAGAGCAGAUCUCUCAGCUAGAUGAUCUUGCAGACAUUGCCAAUGAGAUCAGUCCAAGUGUUGAUGAGCUGGCGCUGAGCAUGUAUCCACCUAUGAACCAGCUUGGUGUGCGACUCAAUGCUGCUAAGUUGGCCUCUGUUUUAAAGAAAGUCUUAGAGAUUACAAAGACAAGCCAUGUCUGUCCACCAUCAGAGGAAGGCUGGGUGCAGUUUCUAACUGGUGCAGUAGAUCACAACAUGAACAAAAUCAAGAACUUCACACAGGGUCAACUGUAGCUCUUCUGUGUCUACAUGUAUUGCUGCCACU